AUGGACGAGGACAAUGAAAUUGGACUUCCACAGAAGGGGAUCAACCAGAUAAUCAAAGAAGUCGUUCCGGAAAUGCGAAUCGCGAACGACUCUCGUGACAUGAUAAACGCGUGCUGCGUAGAAUUCGUAAAGCACGUCGCUCGUGAAGCCCAACGGAUCGCCAGUCAAGAUCAGCGCAAAACUAUUUAUCAUGAGCACGUGCAAAAGGCUCUUCAGAAUCUCGGUUUUCCAGCGGACUACCUCGAGGCCGCCGACAGUGUACUUGAUGCGUGCAAGGUGAAUUUACCGGAUUCAUUCCGUUAUAACUGGGUGUUUGCAGGUGGAAGCCGAAAAGAAGCUGAAACGGAAGAACUCGCGACUCGAAAAGUGCGGAAUCCCAGAAGAACAACUGUACAAGAUGCAACAAGAUCUCAUUCAGAAGGUACGAAACUAAUCGAUUAGGAAAAGCAAAUAGUGCGCAGCUUUGAUCUUAUCAUGUUUGCGCUCGUUGCACUGUUUCAUCAUUUCUAUUCAUUUUUACCUUACAGGCUCGGCAACAAGAACUGGAGCAACAGCUGGCUCAACAGCAAGCUCAAGCGGCUGCGGUCGCCGCUGCGAAUGCUCAGAUGUUUGGUGCUCCUGCAGCCACUGCUUCUACGCCUACCGAAGAUGACUACGAUAACUGA